AUGGGGGGCUCUCGUGACGGCGACGGCGACCUGCCCCCGCCCGCGGUGCUGGCUCCUUCCGACGCCCCAGCCGGCCCUCUCACCUCCCCGGCCUCCGCGCCCCCUUCCCCGCUGUCGGCGCCGACCGCGACGGCCGCCCCGCUGCCUCCCUCGCCCGCCCCCACGCCUGCUCUCCGCGUCAGGUGGGCCGACCUCGCUGACGAGGAGCCGUUCCCCUCCCCCGCUGGGCUCCCCUCCCCUCCUCCCGUUGCUCCCCGUCGCACCGCCCAGCUCGGCCGGGCCGGUGGAUCAGCGCCCCAGGCGCGGGGUUCUGCCGCCGGCUCGCGGCAGGUGCGGUCGACGACACCGCCUUCGAGCUUGACUCAGGCCGCAGGGACACAAGGAGGGAGCUUGAGGUGCGGGGAGGCCCGCCGCCGGCGCGUCCGCUCGUGGGGUGUGGCUGGCCGCUCCGACCGUGGCUCCACCCGCUUGUCGUGGCGCCGUCCGCUGGCUGCUCGUCCGGUGACUGCUCCGGCGUCGUCGGCGACACGCCCCGGCCUGGCUCCCAUGGCGCCGGUGGUCCGCUUCUCCCCCUUUCGCCCUUUUAUUGCCACCUUCGGAUCCUCUUCGCUCCGCCUCCGGGUCUCCAUUCCCCUGCGCCGCCCCGCGCUGCCCCUCGCCGGUGGCGUGUUGGUGGCACCGGCGGCGGAGGCGCCGCCUGCCCGCAGUGGGGAAAACCUACAGCUCGUUCCUCCCCGCCGCCCUCUGGGCCUUGCUUCGGCCGCCCGAGGCAUUCUGGGUCGCGGACCAGCCCAUCAGUCGCUUGCGCUAGCUGGGCCCGCCUCGCCCCGGCUGGGCCGCCCCGGUGCCCUAGGCCCGUGCCGACGGCUGGCUCGAUUUGGCUCCCUCGGGGAUGCCCAGUCGCCCCAUCUCUCCCCCCGCCUCCACACCCGUCUCUCUCCCCCAACCGCGCGACCCACCCCUUCCACCCCCCUCCCCGCCGUCCCCUGCCGUGCGCUCGCCCCCUCCUCCCCUUCCUCCGCUGCGGUCUGCCAUACGCGAGUGGAACGAUGGCGAACCUCGGCAGAAGCGGCGCUCGGAGGAUAUCGCCGCGAGCCCUCCCGUCCUUCUCCUGAUGCGUUGCGCCACGAGGAGGAGCUUCGCCACGAGCUGAGGGAACUCCGCGACGGCCGUCGCGAUGACCGGCGUUCUCCGGCCCGCCGCGACACCCGGGGCAGAUCCCGCUCCCCCCAUCCGGCGGUUUUGGGGGACUGGCGUCCUCGCCGCCGCUCGCCGUCCCCGGUCCCAUCGGCGCGGCCGAAGCCCGUCCCCGUCUCGCUCGGCGCUCCCCUCGUCGGCUCGCCCCCAUGCUCAGCCAUCCGCCCCUGCUCCGUGGAAGUACGUCCCGCCCCACGCCGCCACGCCUUCGGUGCCGGCUUCCGCGGCCACCCCGGGCGUCGGCCCGUCCCGCGGUCGCCAAGGUUCGGUCAAGAAGAAGAAGCGCUGCGGGCAGGGGUGGGGCGCCCAAGCUCCGCUUCCCCCGGUGGCCCCGGGUAUGGUCUCCAACCUCCCUCACCCCCCGUGCUUCAAUUGCGGGGUGGCGGCUCACUCGCAAAGCUCAUGAUGUACGGCCACGGGAUCGAGGGGCUGGGCUUCUUCCACCUCAAGUGGGACUGGGUGGUCACUCCUACGGCCGGCCACAUCUUCACCGUGGUCUUCCCCGACUCCGUCAGCCACGGCUACGCCACUCGUAGUGGCCCGAUCACCCUCGCCCUCAACCAGCUCGUCGUCGACAUCACCGAGCCGGUUCUCGACGCCCCGGCGGUGGCUGUUCUGGAUACCGCCUGGAUCCUUGUGGGUGGUCUCCCCGACAUCGCCCGGUCCAAGCUCGUCAUCCGCCAGAUGUCCAGGAUUCUGGGCAAGGUGGUGAUGGUGGACGAGCUCUCCCUUUGGAAGGAGGAGGAGGUCCGGGUCAAGGUCAAGUGA